AUGGACAUCUCCGCCGCCUUGAUAAACACCCAAAGCCCCGACGUGACGCUACGCAAGCAGGCAGAAGAGUUCCUGAACAAUGCGCUGCAGCAGCAGAUGGGACAGCUCAUGGUGACGCUCGUCCAGGCGCUGGCGGCCGAGGACUUUGCCGUCGUGGGUCGCCAGGCUGCCGGUCUCUACCUCAAGAACGUGCUGGACGCCAAGGACGACGCGCUGCAGCAGCAGAAAAUCAAUGCAUGGAUGGCCAUUGACCCGGCUCUGCGCACGCUGAUCAAAGAUGGAUCGCUUGGUGUGUUGCAGUCGAGCGACCCCGUGGCACGCCACACGAGCGCACAGCUAGUGGCCAAGAUUGGUAGCAUCGAGCUGCCUGCCAAGCAGUGGCCGACGCUGCUCGAGUCGUUACUGCAGAACGUGACGAACAGCAGCGAGGGUUGCAUCCACGCCACGCUCGAGUGUCUCGGCUACUUGUGCGACGAGCUGGAAGAAAAUACCAUCGACGAGCAGGAUACUAACCGAAUCCUUACGGCUAUUGUGGAUGGCAUUCGUGCCGAUCGACCGCCGGCUAUUCGCCUUGCAGCGGUCACGGCCUUGCGGAACAGUCUGGAGUUCGUGAGUGAGAACUUCAAGCGGAAGCAAGAGCGCGAUCACCUGAUGCAGAAAAUCUGCGAAGCCACGCAGUCUUCGGAUUUGCGCACCCGUGUGGUAGCCUACGAGUGCAUUGCUGCCAUUGCGACAAUGUAUUACGAAUACCUGGCAGAGUACAUGGAGACUCUGUGCAAGCUGACGUUCAACGCUAUUACGAGCGACCAGGACGAAGUGGGCCUGCAGUCGCUUGAAUUUUGGUCAUCUAUGUGCGAUGUGGAACUCGACUUGAUUGAGGAAAUGAACUAUGCAGAGCUUGAGGGCCGCACCGAUUUUAUUCCCUGCAACUAUUAUGUGCAGACAGUGCUAAACACGCUCAUCCCUCUGCUGACCGAAACGUUGAAGAAGCAGGAGGAUGAUCAGGAUGAAGACUCGUGGAAUCUCUCAAUGGCUGCCGCGACGUGCCUUGCACUGGUGGCCCAGGUGGUUGGUGACGCUUGUGUGGACCUUACCAUGACGUUUAUUACGCAGAAUAUCGAGAGUAACGAAUGGCGGCCGAAGGAGGCCGCUAUCAUGGCUUUUGGCUCGAUUUUGGACGGCCCCGAAUCGGCCAAAAUUGCUCCGCUUGUGCGUCAGGCGCUCGGCUUCCUGAUGAGCUGCAUGAAGUUUGACAACAUCUUGGUUCGCGAUACGACGGCCUGGACGCUUGGCCGUAUCUGCGAGCUUCACUACCGAUGCAUUAGUGGCGAGAUGUUGCCUGGACUGAUGCAGCUCCUGCUCGAAGGGUUGGAUCAGGAGCCUCGUGUGUCGCACAACGUCUGUUACGCCAUCCACAAUAUCGUGAAGGCCUUUGAGGAGUCGGUGGAAGCUGCGCACAUGCUGACCCCGUACUUCAAUACGCUGUUCGACAAGCUGCUCGAGACGAGCGACCGCCCGAAUGCUACGGAGAGCAACUUGCGUGGAUCAGCGUACGAAGCCCUGAACGUGUUGGUGCAAGCUGGUGCUGAUGCAGUGAACCAGCACAUUAUGUUGCGUCUCCCUGUGAUACUAGAGCGCCUGGAACAGAGCAUUAAAUCACUGAUUGAGAACCCAGAUCGCCUUCAGGACGAUCAGGCUGGUCUGCAGGCAUUGCUGUGCGGUGUUCUGAUUGCUGCCAUCCAGAAGCUGAGUACUGAUAUUGAGCCGUUGGCAGACCGCAUCAUGCAGGCACUUCUACAAGUGUUCUCCACGCGAAAUGCUGCUGCUGCAGAAGAAGCUUUUAUGGCCGCGGGUGCUUUGGCCAACGUUGUCGGUCCCAAGUUUGAAGUGUACAUGCAGUACUUUGGCCCAGUCGUGCUAAUGGGCUUGAAGAAUAGCGAGGAGUACAUGGUUUGUAGUGUCGCGGUGGGUGUCGUGGGUGACCUUUGCCGUGCUUUGGAGAGCAAGAUCUUGCCGAUGUGUGACGAGAUUGUGGCUACUCUUAUUGAGAUUCUAAACAACCCCGUUCUUGACCGCUCGGUGAAGCCACCGGUAUUGUCCUGCUUUGGGGAUAUUGCACUCGCUAUUGAGGGCGAUUAUGAGCGCUAUGUGGCGUCUUCACUUCAGAUGAUUCUGCAAGCUGCAGACGCGUGCGGAUCAAUUGCGACCGACGACGAAGAAGUGGUGGAGUACAUGAAUCUGCUGCGCGAGAGUGUGCUAGAAGCGCUAACAGGUAUUGUACAAGGCCUGGGAGCUGCCAACAAGGCGACUAUAUUGGUAGAGUGCGCACCACAGAUCGGCGCUUUCCUGGCUUCGCUGGCGAACGACCUCGCAACGCGUUCGGACGCUGUUACGACUGGUGCCGUGGGUCUGAUUGGUGAUAUUGGCCAGGCGAUGGGCAAGGCGGUGGAGACGGUGCUCCACCAGCAGUUUGUGGUCCAGCUAGUAAGCGAGUGCGCUAACAACGCGCAGAACCCCCAGGCACAGCAGUUGGCGGCGUGGACGCAGAAAGUGAUGAUGGACUUGCAGUCGAACUAA